CGCGCUGUUUUGUUUUUUAUUCUAGCAUUUAUUUGAAUUGUUUUAAUAACUUAAUUUUUUAUAUUUAACUAUUUACUAUGAAAAUUUUAGCUGUUUAGAGCAAUGGCGUUUUCGCAAUCUUUUGAUUUCGGAAACAGCACCUUUCUGGAGCUUGAAAAGGGGAUCCAGGCGCAGGGGAAAGAGAACACAAAAACUGGAGAUGCAAAUAUCCAAGGAGCAAGGGCUGGCCGGGAUUCAAAGGUGACCAGCCAGGAUAACUACUCGGAGUUUUUCAAGGACGAGUUCUCCUACGAACUCAAUCAGGCCAAGAAGCCCGCAGAGCAGUCUGUGGUCAAUGUGUCCCAGGUUGAAGAGCUGUUGGAAGCAGUUUCCCAUCGGGAUUCCGGCGAUGUGAGCAGCUCAUCCGCUUUCGAUGCCCAAAUCUGCAUGGAGGAUGUGUUUGGUACGGAGGACAAGGCGAAGGAAGAUGUCCAGGUGCUGCAAAAUUUGGACGAGAGUAGCUUCCUGUGUCCCGCGCAGGAUGCAGAGGCUUCCCAGCAACUUAAGGAGGACAUCCUGCGCAGUCGCUGCGUACUGGCCAAACAGGGUGUUUACCACGAGGUGUCGCAGGUCACCCAGAACCUGAGCAGCAUGUCGCCCAACCAACUGCGAGUCUCGCCCAACUCCUCUAAUAUUCGUGAGGCAGUGCCCGAGCGAAAGGAUCCUCCCCUGGACCUGGAGUCCCUUAAGUCAAUAGCCUCGUGGAACCUUCCCCACAGCAUUCAGGCAGAAUACAAGAAGAAGGGCGUCGUCCAGAUGUUCGACUGGCAAGUGGAAUGCCUCUGCAAGCCAAGGGUGCUCUUCGAGCACUGCAAUCUCGUGUACUCCGCACCCACGUCUGCGGGCAAGACGCUGGUCAGUGAGAUUCUGUUGCUGAAAACCGUCCUUGAGCGCGGCAAGAAGGUCCUGCUCAUCCUGCCCUUUAUAUCGGUGGUGCGCGAGAAAAUGUUCUACCUGCAAGAUCUGCUCACACCGGCUGGUUACCGGGUGGAGGGAUUCUACGGGGGAUAUACGCCUCCGGGUGGCUUCGACAACAUGCAUGUAGCCAUCUGCACCAUCGAGAAGGCCAACUCGAUUGUGAACAAACUGCUGGAGCAAGGCAAAUUGGACACCAUCGGCACUGUGGUGGUUGACGAGGUGCAUCUCAUCUCGGACAAAGGUCGCGGAUACAUACUCGAGCUCCUGCUGGCCAAGAUCCUCUACAUGUCCCGCCGCAAUGCUCUACAAAUCCAGGUUAUCACCAUGUCGGCCACCCUGGAGAAUGUGGAGCUGUUGAAGAGUUGGCUGGACGCCGAGCUGUAUAUUACAAACUAUCGACCCGUGGCUUUGCAGGAAAUGAUCAAGGUGGGCACGAAGAUCUUUGACCAUCAGCUAAAGUUCCUACGAGACGUCUCCCAGCUAAAGGAGAUGCGUCAGGCUCUGGGCAACGAUUCGGAUGAUGUAGCUCUGCUCUGCAUCGAGACAUUGCUGGAGGGCUGCUCCGUCAUUGUGUUUUGCCCCUCGAAGGACUGGUGCGAGAACCUGGCCGUUCAGUUGGCCACAGCUAUGCAUGGUUUGAUCAAGUCUGGCUCAGAGCUGGGUCGACGUUUGCGAACCAAUCUCAAUCCGAAGGCCAUCGAGGAGGUAAAGCAACAAUUAAAGGAUAUUCCCACAGGUUUAGAUGCGGUCAUGGGCAAAGCUGUUACCUACGCCUGUGCCUUUCACCACGCUGGUCUUACUACCGAAGAGCGAGACAUUGUGGAGGCCUCUUUCAAAGCGGGAUCACUGAAAGUUCUCGUAGCCACCAGUACACUUAGCUCUGGUGUUAAUUUGCCCGCUCGACGUGUGCUCAUUCGCUCUCCUUUGUUUGGAGGCAAGCAAAUGAGUUCCCUUACUUACCGUCAGAUGAUCGGACGAGCAGGGCGUACGGGUAGGGAUACACUGGGCGAGUCUAUCCUCAUCUGCACUGAGAGUAAUGCGCGAAUCGGAAGAGAUCUUGUCACGGCGCAGCUGCAGCCCAUCACUUCCUGCCUGGAAAUGGACAGUAGUACCCACUUGAAACGCGCUCUCCUGGAGGUUAUAUCCUCUGGUGUGGCGAGCACUAAACAGGAUAUUGACUGCUUCGUGAACUGCACGCUGCUGAGUGCCCAGAAGGCCUUGGAGGCCAAGGAUGAACCGCCAGAUGAGGACUCCGACUCCCACUACAUUAACGAUGCCCUGGACUUUCUUGUUGAGUACGAAUUCGUGCGCCUGCAAACGGACGAGGAAGCGGAGACCACCGCCUAUGUGGCCACGCGACUGGGUGCCGCCUGUCUGGCUUCCUCAAUGCCACCCACCGACGGCCUCAUCCUCUUUGCGGAGCUGCAGAAGUCCCGUCGUUGCUUUGUGUUGGAGUCUGAGCUGCAUGCUGUGUACCUAGUGACACCAUACUCCGUCUGCUAUCAGCUGCAAGAUCUCGACUGGCUGAUUUACCUGGACAUGUGGGAAAAGCUAAGCCCGGCCAUGAAGAAAGUGGGUGAACUUGUGGGUGUCAAGGAAGCCUUUCUUGUGAAGGCGAUGCGUGGCCAAACGAAACUGGACUACAAGCAGAUGCAGGUGCAUAAGCGUUUCUACACAGCUCUGGCCCUGCAGGAGCUUGUUAACGAGACGCCCAUUAACGUAGUAGUGCACAAAUUUAAAUGCCACCGAGGAAUGCUGCAGGGUCUGCAGCAAAUGGCGUCCACCUUUGCGGGUAUAGUUACCGCUUUCUGCAACUCCCUGCAAUGGUCUACUCUCGCCCUGAUCGUAUCACAGUUUAAGGAUCGACUUUUCUUCGGCAUCCACAGGGAUCUCAUUGAUCUAAUGCGGCUACCCGACUUGUCGCAGAAACGAGCACGCGCUCUCUUCGAUGCCGGAUUCACUAGUUUGGUAGAGCUGGCCGGCGCUGAUGUCCUGGAGUUGGAGAAGGUGCUCUUUAAUUCGCUCAGCUUCGACUCUGCCAAGCAGCACGACCACGAGAACGCUGAGGAGGCGGCGAAGCGAAAUGUAGUGAGAAACUUUUUCAUCACUGGCAAGGCGGGUAUGACAGUGAACGAAGCUGCCAAACUGAUAAUUGGCGAAGCUCGCCAGUUUGUUCAGUAUGAGAUCGGAGUGGGAAGUAUAAGGUGGACUCAGACGCAGCAGGAGGGCACUGAAAGUUCGAAGUCUGUGGGAGAGCCCGACAUUCAUCUGUCCUUUGAAGAAGAGCAAGUUCGGAACCAGCCACCAACAAAGCGGAAGUUGUCUAGCGGAGAACAAAGCACUGUCGGAGGGGCCUCAUCCCAGAAGAUUCCCAAACUAGAGCCACUGGUGAAGGAGCAAAAUAACCCAGAGCAAAUUCCGAAAGGAACCCCUGAAAUCUCUAAUCAAAGGAAUGAAAGCAAACGAGAUUCCAGACUCAGUAAUCAGUCCAUUGCUACGAAACACAAUGUUCAGAAAAAGAAAGAGCAGCCUUCCUUGGAAAAUAUGAAAAAUGGAAGCCUGAAUCAGGACAAGAUUAUUGCUAAUUCUGUGGUUUCAGUAGAGAAGACAAAACCAAUAAAGGCUCAAGAAAAGGUGUCCAAUACACCUUCAUCUACCAAUCCGCCAAUGCAAACUACAAUCCAAGCGAAAGCUGGCGACUUAGCCGAGGAUUCACAAAAAGAAAUCCAGAGACAAGACUCUGAGGUUGAAAAAACAAGUAGUAGACAAGACUCUGAGGUUGAAAAAACAAGUAGUCCAGUUGUGCCCAGUCCGCAAUCAGCUAAUGAGGAGAAGCCCAGCACCAGCCAUAAUGCCCGUAAGGAGAUACUUAGGAAGGAAAUUGCCGAACGCCGCAGGAUCGCAUUAAUGAAGAUACAGCAGAAGCGUGCCGAAAAGGAUAACCAGCCUAUGGAUCUACCCAUACAGGCAGCAAGAUCUGCAUCAGUUCUUAACGAUCAUAACCCAAUUGUUGUAAAUAAUACGCCCACUACUCAAAGGACCCAAAACACUCAAAACCUUCCGGACUUAAAAACAUCUAAAGAAAAGGUAAAUACCUUUAAAUCGCCCUCCAGCUCCAAUAAAGAAUCUUCUGCAACGCCUACACGCGGGCAAAUGAAGAGCUUAUCCUCUCAGCUGCCCCGCAGAAGUCCCCGAAAUCACACAUCCUCUCCCACACCAACCCCAAAUCGCACUCCCUCCAGGAAGGCAUCUACUGCAGAGGAGGAUCUGUUCAUUCCCGAUGAUUCCUUCAUGCUGAAUACCGGGCUAACUGCUGCUCUCACAGCCGCCGAGAGCAAGUUGCCUGCCUCUUCGGAGUCGGACGAGAUUCCCAGUUCGCAGCCAAAGGAACCGGAGGUGAUUUCUAGCCUUACUCCACAUGCAUCCAGGAUGAUGCGGUCUUACCAGUUGCGUUCACAGCGCCUGCAGAGUCCAAGCUCUCGAACGCAGAUUAGUUCAAUGAGUUCUAGAAUAUCGACCAGUGAAACGGAAAGGGAGUUGGAAUCAGUUGAAGGUGGUGGCACAUCCAACGCGGCGUCUUCUAUGGAACUUUCGGAGUUUUCUAUGGAGAACUCACUAAUGAAAAAUCCCCAGCACCUGAACGCCUCGCACAUCAUGAGCUGUUCCAAAGCGGAUGAUAAUGCCUCGAGUUUCUCAAGCAUAGACAUAAUUGACGUGUGUGGCAACCGGCAGCUCUUUCAAAAUGCCCUCAUGGAGCUUCUGGAAGCCCCGCGCUUUGGCUUCAGCGUGGGCCUGCAGGCUCAAGCGGGCAGACAGAAGCCUCUAAUCGGUGCCAACCUGCUGAUCAAUCAGGUUGCAGCCAAGGAGCAGCGAGAGGCGGCUGCUGGCCAGCAGGUGCUAUUCCAAGUGGACGACAGCAACUUUAUCGCCGGUUUGUCCUUCUGCCUGGCUGACAAUGUGGUCUACUACAUGAGUAUGCAGGACGAGGCACAAACAAAGGGGCCGACAGUCCCCUCCAGUCUUAAGGUUCAGGAACUGUGUAAGUUGUUGACUCGAACGGAUCUCACGCUGCUCAUGCACGAUGGAAAGGAGCAGCUAAAGAUGCUGCUAAGGGCGAUUCCGCAGCUGAAGAGGAUCACCGCCAAAAUGGAGGACCCCAAGGUGGGAAACUGGAUCCUGCAGCCGGACAAGACAAUGAGCUUUCACAAUAUGUGCCAGCAAUUCGCGCCGGAAUGUACUGCUCUUGCCAAUCUCUGUGGCAGCGGUCGUGGUUACAGCAGCUUUGGUCUUGAUACCUCCAGUGCCAUUCUGCCCAAGAUAAGGGCUUCGAUUGAGGCCUGCGUUACUGUCCACAUACUCCAGGGUCAGAUCGAAAACCUUGGGAGGAUCGGUUCGGGUCACCUGCUUAAGUUUUUCCAUGAUGUCGAAAUGCCUAUUCAAAUGAGUCUGUGCCACAUGGAGGUCAUAGGCUUUCCCACGAACGAGCAACGGCUGCAGCGAGUUUUCCAGCAAAUGGUGGCCGGCAUGAAGAAACUGGAGCUGAAGAUCUACGAGCAGCAUGGAUCCCGAUUCAAUCUCGGCUCGUCGCAGGCUGUGGCCAAGGUGCUGGGCCUCCACCGAAAGGCAAGCGGCCGUGUGACCACCUCCCGCCAGGUGCUGGAGAAGUUGGACUCUCCCAUAUCGCUUCUGAUAUUGGGCCACCGGAAGCUGGCCGGGCUUCUAGCCAAGAGCAUUCAACCGCUGCUCAAGUGCUGCCAGUCGGGGCGAAUUCAUGGCCAGAGCAUUACGUUUACGGCGACGGGUCGUAUUUCCAUGACAGAACCCAAUCUGCAGAAUGUGGCGAAGGAUUUUGCCAUAAAGGUGGGAUCGGAGGCCCUCAACAUAUCCUGUCGCUCAGCUUUCGCACCCAAAGAUGAGAAGCGAUGUCUCCUGUCCGCCGACUUCUGUCAGCUGGAGAUGAGAGUCCUGGCCCACCUGUCGCAGGAUAAGGUGCUGAUGGAGGUGAUGAACUCGCCGCAGGACUUGUUCACAGCCAUUGCGGCGCACUGGAAUAAAAUUGACGAAUCCGAGGUGUCGGAGCAUCUGCGCAACGGCACCAAGCAAAUCUGCUACGGCAUUGUCUACGGCAUGGGCAUGCGCGCCCUGGCCGAGAGUUUGAAGUGCAGCGAGCAGGAGGCGCGCAUGGUAUCCGAGCAGUUCCACCAGGCGUACAAGGGCAUUCGGGAGCAUACCCAAAAAGUGGUCAAGUUUGCGCGCAACAACGGAUAUGUGGAGACGAUCACCCGUCGUCGACGCUACCUGGAACACAUAGAUAGUCCCGAGGAGCAUUUAAAAAGCCAAGCCGAGCGCCAGGCCAUCAACUCCGCCAUUCAGGGGUCAGCUGCGGAUAUUGCGAAGAGCGCCAUUUUAAAGAUGGAAAAGAACAUAGCCCGCUACCGGGAUAAGAUGGGCUUGGAGGAGAACUCAGUGAACCUGGUUAUGCACCUGCAUGACGAACUCAUCUUCGAGGUGCCCGUCGAAAAGGCCAGGAAAAUUGCCAAAGUUCUCAGCCUCACCAUGGAGAACUGCGUCAAGCUCAAUGUGCCGCUCAAGGUCAAGCUGAAGCUUGGACGCAGUUGGGGGGAAAUGCAGGAGAUUAGGGUGUAGAUUGUUGUACUUGUUUAUUAUUGUAAUGUAGUUUUUCUAAUUUUAUAGAAUUUCCAAUUGAACUUUAA